AUGUCCAGCAAGUUUUGCCUGCGACCACCCUUCAUCCCUCGCACGCCGGCCCAACGCUAUCGCUCUCCCUACUGGCUCACGAAAUUUCUUGCCACCGGUCGAUGGAAUCUUCACGAUGCUGCAGCCACUUACAAUACUGCGGGCCUUCUCAUCGGCAGGGACACCGUCACCGGGGACAAAGCCAUUGCAGGGCUCGAAACCGCUUGUGCGCAUCGCCUCCAGCAGAUCGAUGAGUUUCUCGAUCCUCCACCAUUUCUGAUGUACACUUUUUGCGCCGCAUACCACAUGGGCGUGACUUCGGCACUGAUCGAUCUGGACGCUCGGAGCAAAGCAGGCUCUGGUCGGGCGAUGCAGUUGUCGCUCUCGAAGCCAUACGGUAAUGGCCCAGUGCACAGAGCGUUGUUUCCAGCGGUUCGGUCUCAGGGGACGUGGAGUCAGAGCGGUAAAUUACCCGCACGGCCGCCAAAGCUGUCCGCGCUGGGCAUUGAGCCACUACUCGUCAACCUCGACGACGACAGACUCAUCUGGCUAGACCGCCGAAUGGAUUUUGCCAUAAUAGCAUCGGGGUGGGCACCAAAUGUUAAAAGAGAAUUGUCGCUGGAUGAGUCGAGACUAGAAGUCGAUGUGACGGUAUUGGAGCUGUGA